AGAUGUCCAUCCAGAAAUUUAUAAACGUGCAGUGCGUCGUACUAAGCCAACAUUGUAUAUAUCACUGUUUUUGUGGGUCUGUUUAGUCAUCUAUCUCUCGUAUCCAAUAAUCAUUUACAUAACUAAAGAUCACAGUGUAGGAAGUACAACUAGAAAUUUUCCAUUUCCCACCGUAUUUCCCUAUGACGUGGAGGGCUAUUGGAAUUAUAUUUUUACGUACGCCUUUCUGAGUUAUGUUGGUUACAUUGUUGUGUCGCUCUUCUAUGCCAUCGAUGCCUUGUUGGCAUAUUUUAUAAGUUUUGUUGCAGGACAAUUUGAGAUUUUACACGCUGAUAUUGCACGUCUCAUACCGGAAUGUCAUGCUGAGUGGUUGAAGCGAUAUGGUGGUUGCCGUGGUGGUCCUUCCUCUGAGAAUUCCAUGAAAUUGAAUUGUCUGCAGGAGAUGUAUACAAAGCGUUUGCAUCGAAUAGCAGCACGGCACAAAGAAAUAAUAAAAUUUUGCAAGGAAUUGGAAAAUUUUCUUUCAUUUCCAUUAUUCGCCAAUUACUCCACGUCCACAUUUUUAAUUUGUUUUGUGGGGUUCCAGUUCAUAAUUGCCGGUCGAAGUUCCUUUGGUGAUUUUAUGAAAUUUCUAAUGUUCUUUUUGGCGGUGAUUGGGCAAUUAUUUGUUGUAUGUAAAUUGGGAAAUUUACUAAUAACACAGUCAACAGAUACUGCCUUCUAUUUAUUUUCCUGCAAUUGGGAAGGUGGUUAUUUAUCGAAAAAUUCCCCACUCUUUUUACAUCCCGAAAUUUUGGAAUUAGAAUCCUUGAAUAUGAAACUGCCGUUGUGGAAAGAGUUAAGUUACUAUCCAGCCAAUCGUAAUUUUCGACAAAAAUUGAUGUUUAUGAUAAUGCGUAGCAACCGGCCAGUUCAAUUGAGUGUCAUGCAGUUUACUGUGUUAUCAUUGCAAAGUUUUAAUAGGGUGGUAUCAAAUUCGCUUUCCUAUUUUGCGCUACUAAAAUCAUUUAUGGACAAAUAA